AUGUUUUUUGGAUUUUAUUUUAAAAUUUUUCUAGUUCAAAAUUUCCGCCCUGCCUUUCUUUCUGAACCUGGAAUUGUUGUUUGCGAUCAUGGAUUGAAGGAAAUUGGAGUUAUAAAUUUACAACGUCUUUUAAUUGUAAUUGAAUACGCUCGUCCAGAAAUUCGUUUCGUCCCCAUUCUCUACCCUCUUUGUGCCGUUUUUCUUCAUUAUCACCCUGUAGAUGUUGCUUUUGCUUGUAUUAAUCGACUUUUGGCGCAGGGCAACAAAUUUGUUUUUCAGUCGGAAAUUGCUGUUUAUGCUUCUCGAUAUACACUUUUAUCUAUGCUGAAAAAGUUUAAGAAAAGAGUCUACAACAAAUUAAAAAAGCGAUUGGGUUCAGAAGAAAAUAAAAUUGUUGAGUUAAUGGCUAAUUGGCAUUUUUGGAUUUUCAAGUGUCUUCCUUUCCCUUAUCUUGUUCGGUUGAUUGACUGCUUUCUUUUUGAAGGUCAAAAAAUGUUGGCUAGAGCAGUUUUAACAAUUCUCUACCUUUGGCAUAAACAACAAAUUUCUUCUGUUGCUUCCAAAGUUCCUGUUUCUGUACAGACUUUUUUGGAUAUUGGCUUCUCAAUUCGUCGCUUCAGCAACGGCACGCUUUUUCGUCAACAGCGUCACUAUGAGAAUAAAUUUUGGGAAGUUGUUAGUAAAAUACGAGCAGAGAAAAAUUUGCGUCAGCCUGAUGAUCGGAUUUAUACGCCUGUAUUCAUUUCAAAAAUAAUUGACGAGGAUGCAGCAAAAGAACUAAUGAGUGCCCUCCCGCAGAGAUUUCAAUUGGAGACACCCAAAUUGCUUUUUCGACUUUCUGAACAUGGAACAUCUUUUGUUCAAUUAUGGACUCGAAUUGAGCAGGCAGAUCAAUCUUUAUUAAUAAUAAAAUCAACAACUAGAGAAGUUUUAGGUGCUUAUGUAUCAAGUUCUUGGGCUGAAAGAAACGAUGUGCAUGAAAGAGCUAAAGCUAAAUAUUUUGGAACUGGGGAAUCUUUUGUUUGGCGUUUGGACGAUGAAUUAAAAUUGCCGAUAAUUUAUACUUGGUCUGAUCAACUUUGUGAUAACUAUUUUAUGGCGGCACAUGAUAAAUUUUUAAUUAUUGGGAGUGGUGGAGGUGAUGCAAUUGCAAUUCGUGAUGAACUUGUAGAAGGGUCAAGUAGGGCAUCUAGAACUUAUCAGUCACCUGAACUAGUCUCUGGAGGUUUGUGA